AUGGUUGGAUCACGACCAAGCGCGGAGGAGAUUUUGCUUGGGAGCUCUGGGCUUUGUGGCAGCAACUGUGCUUGUGGAUGCUCUUUACCCAGAAUCUCAUCCGAUGUGUUCUGUUGGACGCCUAUGCCUUGCAAUCCUCGACUUUUUUUGACUGUGCUUCAGUUCACUAUGCCUCUCAUUACUGAGCCAUGUGACACCAUGAAGGAUUGGGUCAUCACAGGCAUUUGCUUUCUACAUGCCCAAGGGCAGACAGGCUUCAUGAUUGGAGCGGGCAUUGUUGCACUGGAAGUGGUUGCAUUGGGAGCCGGCUUUUACCCACGGUGGUGUCGCAUUUCUGACAGCUUGCAUAUCAGCCCUCCACUCUUGGUUCUGCAGGUGACCUUUGCUGUGCUGAUUGCCACACAACUGAACCUCUCCGUGAUUGUUCCGUACAUGGUGGUUUCUCUUUGUUGCGGCGACAUUGACGCUUGGUGGGCCGUGUCGUUAAUUGCGCUGGUGGUCGUCGCCUUCUUUUUGGAAUUCAAUGAAACAUGCAUUCGCUUUUCAGAAGCAGUGUGGCUACACCUCACUGAUGGUGGGCUUUUGGCCGUUUGCUCCAUCUAUGUGAUACUCUACUCGCACAUCCACACCACCAUGGACGACGACUGCAAGAGAGAUCUACAAAAGACCUAUUGGCCAAUUCUAGAACUGCCUCUCAAGCCUGCCACGCUUGGAUCAAACGAAACCUGGUGUGCUUGGAUCAAAAGACAUGCCCGGAACCAGUGCUUGUAUUUCCUGAGUAGUUCUCGUUUAUUGAUUGCCUGGGCUGAAGACUGCCCACAAGGGAGCAUUGCUGUGGUGCUGCUGAUGAGAUAUUCAGGUUUUCAUGCCUUUGGUCUCACAGGGUUCUCGGCCAUUGUGAGCAUCUCCAAGGGAAUCUCCAUCCCCUUCUUUCGGCGCGCCAUUUUGAAGCAGCACCAAGGGGCUGUUCAGAAGAAGCUGGAUGCCCUUGUGGAGUCAAAUGAGCUCAAAGCGGUGGCCGCGCAAGUGGAGGAGGCGGCUGAUGAGGUGAUCCGUGCAGACAGGCUGCCAGACGUACUGCAAGACGUCCUCAGCCACCCAUCGAUGCUCGUCUUGCAGCAUUUCCAAGUGACGGAGGCCAACAUCUUUCAGCCGAUUCGGGCCUUGCGCACGCGGUGGCUGGAGGAUGUGACCCAUUCCGAGGUGGCAGAACGGGUGCGGCUCCUGCUGGUGGGGCGCUACUUGCAGAAGGGCGUGAAUGCCCAAGAGCUUUUGGAGCGAGGAGAGGUGCUUUGUCUUCGAGCGUGA